AUGGGUUGCUUUGGCUUCUGCAAAGAGAAUGAUUCUUAUACUACUGCUGACAGAGGAAACUUCAUGCAAAACAACGCUACUGGAAACUCUAGUUAUCAUGGAAGACACACAGCAGUAACCGUUCCUCGGCCUAUAAAUCUCCAACCUAUUUCUGUCCCUUCCAUUACAAUAGAUGAAUUGAAGUCUGUGACAGAUAGUUUUGGUUCGAAGUCUUUCCUUGGGGAAGGUGCGUAUGGGAAAGUAUAUCGCGCCACAUUGAAAACGGGACGAGAAGUUGCAAUUAAAAAGUUGGACUCUAGUAAACAGCCAGACCAAGAGUUUCUUUCUCAGGUCUCCAUCGUUUCAAGGCUAAAGCAAGAAAAUGUUGUCGAGCUUCUUACUUACUGUGUUGACGGCCCUUUCCGUGCCCUUGCUUAUGAGUAUGCUCCAAAUGGAUCCCUUCAUGACAUUCUACACGGGCGCAAAGGUGUAAAAGGUGCAGAACCUGGUCAAGUUCUGUCAUGGGCUCAAAGAGUUAAAAUCGCCGUCGGAGCAGCCAGAGGACUUGAAUAUCUUCAUGAAAAGGCAGAAGUUCAUAUUGUCCAUCGGUACAUUAAAUCUAGUAACAUACUGCUAUUUGAGGACGACGUUGCAAAGAUUGCAGAUUUUGAUCUGUCAAAUCAAGCUCCUGAUGCAGCAGCGCGUCUUCAUUCUACCCGUGUUCUUGGAACCUUUGGCUAUCAUGCUCCUGAAUAUGCAAUGACUGGAAACCUUUCUUCAAAGAGUGAUGUUUACAGUUUUGGAGUCAUACUGUUGGAACUCUUAACAGGGCGUAAACCUGUUGAUCAUACACUGCCACGAGGACAGCAAAGCCUUGUGACAUGGGCAGCACCAAGGCUUAGUGAAGAUAAGGUGAAGCAGUGUGUUGAUGUUAGACUAAAGGGAGAGUACCCUUCCAAAGCAGUUGCAAAGAUGGCUGCUGUUGCUGCACUGUGUGUUCAAUAUGAAGCUGAGUUUCGACCAAAUAUGAGCAUCAUCGUCAAAGCUUUACAGCCUCUAAUGAAUAAUACUCGUUCUUCUCAAUCAAGGGAACCUCGCAACGUGUAA